UUAUACCACCUCCCCUCCCCCUUGGCCAUGGCCGGCACAGCGCAGCAGACGCACAGACCAGAUUGCCUCCUCACCAGCCUGCAUCAGCCAGCGAUUUGUCUCGUUCUUUGCUACGAGCGGCAGCAGCAAGGAGACAAGAGAAGCCAGGAGCUUUUGGUGGCGAGAGAGAGAGGGACAGAGGGAGAAGACCAAGGAGGAGGCGCAGAGAUGGGUGAGUGCAGAGGAGGGGACUGCCUGAUCAAGCUGUUCGGGAUGACGAUCCCCGUGCCGGAGGCCGGCGACGCUAAGGAUCUUCAGCACAGUGGCAGCAGCAGCUCGACUGAAUCCGAUGCCCAGGAGAACACGCACCAGGACACGUCGGACCCGUCCCCGCAGCCGGAGGUCGUGGACGCCGAGGACCCCAAGAGCUCGCUGGAGCCGCAGCAGCAGCCGGGCUGCGACGCGGCCAGCCAGAGGGAGAAGCUGAAGAAGCCCGACAAAGUGCUGCCGUGCCCGCGGUGCAACAGCAUGGACACCAAGUUCUGCUACUUCAACAACUACAACGUCAACCAGCCGCGCCACUUCUGCAAGAAUUGCCAGCGGUACUGGACCGCCGGCGGCGCCAUGCGGAACGUGCCCGUGGGGGCCGGCCGGCGCAAGAACAAGAACGCCGUCGCCGUCUCCCACUUCCUCCAGAGGGUCCAGGCCACGCUGCCCGCCAGCGACCCGAUCAAGACCAACGGCACGGUGCUCAGCUUCGGCCACGGCGCGCCCGCCCUGGACCUCUCCGAGCAGGUGGCCCACUUGAAGGAGAAGCUUCUCAUCCCGAUCGGGAGCGCCGGCAACCCGUCCACAGGUCCUUGCAGUCAAGGAUCGAGCAACGAGGACUACGAGAACCAGGGUACCAGCAAGGAUGUCACUGUAGAGAAACCUGCAAAUGGAGUGCACCAUCCUAGCAUGAAUGGCGCACCCAUGUGGCCAUACAGCUACGCACCACCUCCGGCAUUCUACUCCUCAGGCAUAGCAAUUCCGAUAUAUCCGGCUGCCCCUGGUUACUGGGGCUGCAUGGUUCCCGGAGCUUGGAGCCUUCCAUGGCCGGUGCAGUCUCCGACGCAAGGCCUCUCGUCGCCCACCAGUGCUCUUUCUUUCUCCUCAGGGCCUGACUCCCUCACACUAGGCAAGCAUCCCAGGGAGGGUGACGAAGGAAGAGGCCAUGGAAGUGGCAAGGUGUGGGCUCCAAAGACAAUCCGGAUAGACGACGUCGACGAGGUGGCCAGGAGCUCAAUCUGGUCGCUGAUCAGGAUCGAAGGCGACAAGAAGGAUGCAGACACCGGCGGGCACAAGCUUGGGACGGUGUUCGAGCUGAAGGGUGAGGCCAAGACGGCGAAACAGGCGAUGAUCACAAGCUCGCCGCUCCUGCACGCGAACCCUGUCGCGCUAACGCGCUCGGUGACCUUCCAUGAGGGAUCUUGAAGGCCAUCCGCAGGAAUUUUCCCAUGCUGCCUUCUGAUCUGAACACAAGCUUAGCCUGACAGUACUGAAAUUUUUGUGAAUCAGCGGUUUGUAAAUAGGUAUUGGGGGAAAGAGAGUGUGUAACAUAGCUACUUGAGGACUUGUAGCUGCAAUAUGUAGUAGCAUGUAAAUAGAAUUAGCUAUCUGGGUUGGAGAAAGACCAGGAGAUAAGGUCCCUGGUUGUAGAAAAAUAAGUUAAAGAUGGAAUAUAUGGUUUGAGGAAUUUCAUUCUUCA